UUCACCUGCUCUCACUCGUGAACGAGUCUCCUGAGUUUGUAAAGAUGCCUCAGCUCCUGGGAGAUGUCCUCUGUGUAAUCGAGACAUUCCGCAAGUACGCCAGGGUGGACAGUGAUGAGGCGACGCUGACCUGCAGAGAGCUGAAGGAGCUCCUCCGGGGCGAGUUUGGGGACAUUCUUCAGCCACCUGCCACCAUCCAGGCUACAGAGAGAAACUUGAAUCUUCCGGAUAUUGACAGCAAUGGCACCACCAGUUUUGAUGAAUUUAUUCUUGCAAUUUUCAACUUGUUGAAAGUCUGUCGUCUUGACAUAGAAUCAUUACUUAAUUCAGAACCUAGACAAGUGUCUAAACCAGAGGAGAUACGAGAUGACAUGGAUCUUCAGGGGACCUGUGGAACUGGCCAGCGGACAGAGGGAACUUCAUCAACUCAAGACAAAGUGGUGUUUCCUCCAGAAAUGGCAUCCUCAACUCAGCUCAGCCCUAAGGAAGUGGGAGCAGCUGGACACGAUAGGGUGAACCCCCAGGGAGACACUACAACUCACAAACUGCCAGGAGAAGCAUCCGGGCACAAUGACCAUAAGAACCAACACCUGGAAGGAGACGAACAGAGCCAGGAAGUGGCCCAAGAUGUAGCAGCAAUAGGAGACAGUGGGGAGACAAAGAAGCCAACAGUAGGAUCAGCACAGAUCAGCAGUCCCUCCAGGAGGAAGAAGCAAGAUAAGGAGAUUCUCAGGAAGGCAGGUAAACCAGCCAGGGAACAAGCUGGCACUAAGACAGGAGAGCAGUUUGGAGAACAGGAAGGGAACUUGGGAAUGCAAAGUUCUCCACUAGGAGAAACAACACAGAGACCAUCUGAAGAUCAGGACGCUGUAGGAGGAGAAAAGGGUGCUAAGGGGCCCUCUAAAACACAGGAGCCACCACUGCAAGGAAAAGAUGAGCCCAGCUCAGACCAUGCUGACCCGCCAGAACAAGCUGCUGCCCAGAAACCAUUUCAGAUGCAGAAAUCAACUGAUCCUGAGGAUGAUAGUGGAACAGCUGAGACCCAAGUACCUCCAGUACAAGAUACCAAAGACCUGCCAGUGCAACGUGACAGCAGAAAUUUUUCAGAAACACUUAAUGUUAGAGUUGAAAGGAAACAGGUAAGAGGCCCUGAGGUCCAUGAAACAGCAGGGCAGAAAGAAAAUGAGAGAAAAACUCAGCCACCAGCCCUGGAAGACCAAACAGAGGACGUGAAGAAUCAGGAACUCCAGGAAUCAGCAAAAGGAAAGAAUGCUGAAGAAGACUCUAAGACACAAAAGUUAAGCUCAGAAGGAAGAGAUCAGAAAUAUCUUGAAAUUGAAGGAGCAGUCAGCCCAGGAGAAGAGGCAGGACACGAUGAGGAAGGCACAGCAGAAGUACCUGUGAGCAGCAAAAACGUCCCUGAAGCAGAAGAGACGCCAGGAGCAAGAGAAGGAACACAGGAGUUGACACGACUCGAGAACCAGUCUGGAGGAGAAAAUAAGAAGGUCACCAAGAUCCAUAACAAGCCAGUCAAGGAGGAUGAUGGUCACCAGAGGGAGGAUCCUGAGCCAACAGUCACACAGACUGAUGAGAGGUCUUCUGAAACCCCCGACAGCCUGACUCCAGAAGAUGGGGACAGCAGCUCAGGGACAAGUGGCCUGUCUGUGCAAGGGGAUUCCCAGCGUCAAGCAGACCCACCCAGAGAGUGUGUGCAAGGAAGUCCCAAUAAUAACCCAGACCACCAGCAGCAGGUAGCCCCAGGUGAGAACAACAGAAUUCACGGGGCAGCGGUGCUGGCAGCUGGAGCAGAGGAUGAGCAGCUCUCCGAGGAACAGGAGUGGCCUGUUGGAAAAGAGCACAGAAGUCAGGGCUCAGGGACCAAAAGCCCAGGGCCAGCAGUGUAGCCCAGUGGACCCCCAGAGGCACAGGAGUCCGCAGUGGGAGAUGAAAACAGAAAGUCCCUGGAGACUGGGCCCCUGGGUGUCCUGAAUGCAGGCUUCACGGGCCAGCUCUCCCCAAGGCAGCUCCCUGCAAAGAAAUGUAGAAGACAGGAGCUAAAGGUCCAGGGCUCAAGGACCAAGGAGGAGGAUGGAGCACCAGAGACCCAGGAGGUGCCAGUACAACGUCUGCAUGAGUACAGUUCAGUCCCCCCAAAGACACACCUGGAGACGGAGGAACCUGCAAAAUGGGAGGAAGAGGAGGAUGAAAGCCCCCAAGAGCUGGCAGGAGAACAGAAUCUAGCCAAGAAGGAACAUGAUCCUUCAGUCCCCAAGUCAGACAUUGAAGGGAGGAUGCAGAGAGACCGAGGGCUCUGUUCUGUGGCAAGGGGUGCAGUCUGUUCGACUCCACUGUACGAGUACCUGCAGGAGAAGAUACGGCAGCAAACAAACAUAGCCCAAAAGGAGCACCAAAAUCAAGCUCAGACAGCCAGUGCACCAAGCCCAGCGCUCCGCGGGGACCAGCGGAGUGCACCCCUCACCAAUGAGCUCUCAGAUGGUCCUGUCUCUUUCAGUGACAGCCAAGCAUUACAACAGUACACCAGGGAGCUUCUGCCUGAUGAGCCCCCUGCUGGUGCAAAGCAAACAGCACCUCCCCAGGCCUCGGAACAUAAGCAGGGUCACCCUCAGAGGGAACCACAAAGGGAAGCAAGCACCCCAAAGCAAUGA